CUUAUUCCUUGGAAGCCCUCUCGUGAAACUCCAAAUAUAUAGCAUAGUAAUAUAUAGGGUAAGGAUAAGGAAUUACAAUGAAAUCUUUUUCUCUUUUCAAAGCCAUGCCCGAGAAGGGUAAGGAGAAGGUAAACGCUCUCUCUUCUCUUUUUUAUGUGCUCCUCUUUGAAACCUUUAGCACUUAAUAACAAAAAUUGUUACUACUAAUAGUCACAAAAGUUGUAUAAAAAAUAAUGAAAAGAUUAUAUGAUGAGAAUAAAACAGGUAACAUGGAUGAAAUUGAAGACGGCGCCUCUUAAUUCCGAAAAGAAUCUCUCAAAAGUCAAGAAUGCUCUUUGCAGCUUACCUCAAGUAAGAGACCAAAAGUUCGAUGAAGAAAACAACACAGUGACAAUCAAAGUGGUUUGUUGCAGUCCUGAGAAAGUCAUGGACAAACUCUGUUCCAAAGGACGUGGAGCUAUUAAGCUCAUCGAAACCAUCGAUCCGCCCAAACCUGCGGCCCAAAAGCCCAAAGAACCUGAGAAGCCCAAAGAAGCUGAAAAACCUAAAGAAGCAGAGAAGCCCAAACCAGCACCAGCUCAAGCCGAUCCAAGUUCUCAACGCGUGAUACAUGGGUAUAAUCCAGCGUCGAUGAUGGGCCAGCCGGUGCCUUGGUCUGAUGGGCCUAACUACGGAUGGUCCCGACCCAAUGGAUAUGAUGAAAGGCCAAUUUUUGAUAGCUAUGGAAGUUGGCGACCACCACCAUUGCAAUAUGGAUAUGGUAGCAGAUCACAUUACCAAGAAGAAUCGCCGUGCUCCAUCAUGUGAAGUUGUGAACGUUACCAUUACAUUAUCUCUCUUUUAGAAAAUUUAUUCAGUUUUUCUAUUCUACAAAAUUAGUUUACUUUUCUUAGCUUUGAACAAUUUCUAAUUAAAAACACACUUUGGUAGUGACUAUAACUAUAAUCUUUUUCUCAUGAUUAAGACUUAUAUAUA